AUGUUGUUUUCAGGACAAGGAAUAUUUUCUCGACAUUGCUGGCGAUGGUUUCGCCGUGGCAUCGGGGAAAGAGGUUGGGAUGAGGAAGUGCAGUUUCAUCGGCCGUGGCUUUGUCGAUUGCAGGCAGAUCCCGCAGAGGUUGCCGAGUUGGUGGAACUCCUGCACGCGGGAAGCUGGCGCUCGUGCAACGUCAAUGACUGCCUUGCAGAAUGCGUCGCAGUUGGCUGCAGCUGCAGCCGGUCAAUCAACCCCACUGCUCGCGACAGCUUUUUGAGGAUGGCUGCGGACCACAUCCGGAAAAGCUGUGUGGGAGUGGAGGAGGUAUCUUAUGCUUCCUUGGGAAGCGGACUGCUGCGCUUCGAUUUCUGCUUGUUGGAGCUGCUGCUGGCAGAUGGCGUCCCAAUUUCCGCUGUGCAUCUGGUCGACUCUCAGUACGAGCCAGAUGCCAAGGGCUACUUGCGCCAUCGUGUGGCUCUCGCCCAGUUCGCUUCCUGGUUUGCCGGUCGGGGCGUUGAUGUUUAUGCCCAUCACGCCCUUGAGAGAUAUGCCUUCGAGGCUCGGCGCGCUGCGGCACUUCCGAUAGCCGUGGUGCAGGUGGACUGCACGGAGCUGACAGCAGUGUUUGAGAAGGAGGUGAAGCCCAUGUUGGAAGAGGUUUUGCAGUAUGGUGGCUUGUACUGCACGUUGACAUCGCGAGAGGGCGCCUCUGGCGCCGGAUCCCUCGGAUCAACAAAUGCUUGGGCAGAGUUCUGGCGACUGCACCCGGACACGGGCCGCAUGAAGCUGGAGUCCCUGACUUGCUUCAGGCCUGGAGAUCAAAGUGGGACGCCGGUGGACGUCAAUGAGCCUCUACCUCGCGCAGUUGAUCACUGA